AUGGAUCUCGACCCGGACAGCCCGCCCCCUGCGAGCGAGACACAUCCCUCCAUCGCCCCUCCCGCGCCAGAGAGGGGCCAGGCCUGCUCACCGAACAAGCCCAAAAAGUUCAAACUCGACCCCAUGUCCUUGCUUCUGCCGCAUGAACGACCCAUGCCCUCGUCGACCGGGGGAGCUGGUGGAGCGUAUGGGGUGCAGAAGCAUCAGUCGGGGCAUGUCUCGCCGGGUUUGCAAGCUGGAGCAAGUCGAGAGAGCGUAGCUGCAAAAGCACCAUCGCCAAAUCCCCCACAACAACUCCCCCUCUCCCCUCCCGCCUCACACGCCUCCACACCCCCAGCAACCUGGGAAGAACAACAAACCUGGAACGCCAUGGAGGACGUCCUCACAUCCUCCUUCCCUCACUCUGCGGCCACACAUUCCCACCCCGGGCAAGCGAGUCAAUGGGGCCAGUACUAUACCCUCCCACCGCCGACGAGCAAGGCGAAAUUGGAAGAUUGGGAGAUUGUCGAGACGCUCGGUACGGGCACGUUCGGGAGGGUAUUGCUUGUGAGGCAAAGACCGAGCUAUAGACCGACAGCGUACCACCCCAUUUUCCCUCAUCUGUACCAAUCGCACGACCCCCUCGCGCCCUCGCUCUCCGCCACACAGCACAGCGACGCCCAGCUCCCACAUUUCGCCAUGAAAGUCCUGCGCAAAUCCGAGAUUGUCAGGCUGAAGCAGGUCGAGCAUAUCAAUUCAGAACGCAACAUCCUCGAGCGCGUGCGCCAUCCCUUCAUCGUCGAGCUUCACGCCACGUACCAAGAUCAGCUGAACGUCUACAUGCUGCUCUCGUACAUUCCCGGCGGCGAGCUGUUUUCGCACUUGAGAAGAGCGGGCAGGUUUUCAGCAGAUGUGACCCGCUUCUACCUCGCCUCCAUCGUGCUCGCCAUCGACUAUCUCCACUCGAAAAACAUCAUCUACCGCGAUCUCAAACCUGAAAACCUGCUCCUAGACCGGCACGGCUACCUGCGUAUAGCAGAUUUCGGCUUUGCUAAAGUCGUCCAAGACCGUACAUUCACACUCUGCGGCACCCCCGAAUACCUCGCCCCCGAAAUCGUGCUCUCCCAAGGGCACGGCAAAGCCGUAGACUGGUGGGCCCUCGGUAUCCUCGCAUUCGAAAUGCUCGCCGGCUACCCUCCAUUCUUUGACGACCACCCUCUAGGGAUAUACGAAAAGAUCCUCUCGUCGCAUAUCGCGUUCCCCUCGCACAUCGACCCCUACGCGAAGGAUCUGAUUAGGGGCUUGUUGACGGCGGAUAGGAGCAAGAGGCUCGGGAAUCUGAGGGGGGGGGCGAGGGAUGUGGUGGGGCAUGCGUGGUUUUCCGGGGUGGAUUGGGGGAGUUUGGAGGGGAGGGGGAUUGGGGCGCCGAUUGUCCCCAGGGUGGUUUCUAUGGGCGACUCGCAAAAUUUCCAACGUUACCCUCCCCCACGACCGCAAGACCUCCCAGGCGUAUUCGGCCAGCCGUACGAUAGGGUCGCCGACCCGUAUGGGGAGCUGUUCCGCGGGUUCAGCUUUCCAAAGCCCAAGCCCAAGCCCAAGCUGGCUUUGCAGUCUCAGUCGCAGUCGCAGUCGCAGUCGCAGUCGCAGGCGCAGGCGCAGGCGGGCCGUAUACCGCUGGUGGGUUCCAGAGGAGGGCAAGAGGGGGUAGCGGGAGGGCAGGGGCAGGGGCAGGGGCAGGGGCAGGGGUCGCGUUAG